AUGGUCUUUGGUGCGUUGGUUGUCGGCAGAACUGCCGUCUUCUCCUCUGACUACACAAAGGCAAAGUUGGCGGCGUUUAAUAUUUUCAAGUUGAUUGAUUCAAAGCCAGCGCAAAAGACAAAGGGUCAAGUGACUAAACCACCAACUGGUCGCGCUGAAGGCAAUUUGGACUUCAGUGAAGUGCACUUUAGCUACCCGAGUCGGCCAGAGACUGAGGUGCUCAGUGAACUGAGCUUCAGUGCAAAGAAGGGUGAAACGGUGGCACUGGUCGGUACGAGUGGCUGUGGAAAGUCGACGACCGUUCAGCUGCUGGAGCAGUUCUACGAGUGCUCCAAGGGAAAGAUU